AUGGUCAACAUCGAUAUCCCUAAUGACUACACUGUCUCGCCCUCUUCGGCCACCCCCCACUUGACUAUCAACCGCGAUGUCACCAUCGACCUCGACUCUACCAACGCCUUUGAAGGUCCCGAGAAGCUCCUCGAAGUAUGGUUCAGCCCUUCAGCCAGCUCCCUGCCCGAUGGGGCCAAGCCCUACGGUCUGAAGGCCGUCUCGUCAGACACAUGGAAAGAGAUGCUUGAUCUUGUAAACUGCAAGGUUCUCUCGAUUAUUGGACAUGGACACAUGGACGCCUACCUCCUCUCCGAGUCCAGCAUGUUUGUCUUCCCCCACAAGCUCGUGCUCAAGACCUGCGGUACCACCACUCUGCUGUACGGCCUGCCGAGAAUGCUUGAAAUUGCUGCCCUCGAGGCCGGUUUCCCUGGUGUCAAGGCCAACCUCUCUGCCGCCAUUCCUGCCGCCGCCACUCCUCAUCGCGUCUUCUACAGUCGCAAGAACUUCCUCUACCCUGACCAGCAGCGUGGUCCUCACCGCAGCUGGCGCGACGAGGUCAAGUUCCUUGACCAGAGAUUCAUGGGAGGCAGUGCCUACAUGAUCGGAAAGAUGAACGGCGAGCACUGGUACCUCUAUAUUACUGGUCCCAACACCCAGCUCACUCCUCCUGCCACUCCCGAGAGAGAGACCCCAACCAAGAUUUUGGAUUACCCGGAGCAGCUCGCUGCUGACCUUGCAAACGCUGAAAUCGACGAGUCCCAGGAUGAGACUUUGGAGGUCCUCAUGACUGAUCUCGAUGAGCAGAACGCACGCCAGUUCUACCUGGAAGACGCUAGUGCUAUUGCCGAGAGCAAGUACCUCAAGCAGUCUCAGGAGGCUCGCAAGGACGCCAUCGCGCACUUGGGCAACAUCACCGAGACCGGUACUGAAGAUGUCGACGUGUUCGCCAAUACUACCUCAGACGCGUCUGAGAAGCUCACUUUCCCCGAAGAGCUGACCACCGAAGGUCACACUCUUGGUUCUGUUGUUUCUGAAGCAUGUGGACUGGCCGAUGUCUACCCGGUGUCUAAGUACCCUGAGGCCAAGAUAGACUCUUACCUCUUCACACCUUGCGGUUACUCUGCUAACGGUGUUGUCCCUUCGACUGGAGAGUCUGGCUCAGCCCACUACUUCACCGUCCACGUCACCCCCGAGCCCCAAUGCUCCUACGCAUCCUUCGAGACCAACGUCCCUGCUCGCCAGACCGGGCGUGAGACUCACGACAUCGUCAUGCAGGUUGUCAACAUCUUCAAGCCCGGUCGCUUCAGCGUCACCAUCUUCGAAGCUAAGACCGACGAAGACGGUUACGGCAGAGCAAGAGUCAAGAAGGACAAGAACAUGGACAACAUCCCCGGCUACAGACGUGUCGAUCGCAUUGUCCACGACCUCGAGGGCUACGAGUUGGUCUUCAGAUACUUUGAGCGUCUGGACUGGAAGGGUGGCGCUCCUAGAUUGGGCGAAUACAUGCUGUAA